ACCAUCACUUAUACUACUUUUACUACUAGAAAUGCCGGGCAAUUUGGUAACAGUGGCCAACAUGCGGGCCAACUAUCGUGGACUACUAUCCGUAUUGGGCGGUGUACUCAUACACUUGACACUYGGGACUUUCUACACACUGGGCAAUGUUAACACAUAUAUGACAUCCUAUAUMCGCCAUAAUCUGGACCCGACGGCCACCUACGCCAACUCUAUAUGGGUUAAUGCAGCGUUUAUGUUGGGCCAGGGAUCACUGAUGACUGUGGGCGGCCUAAUGGAAGUCAAACUGGGGCCCCGUUGGACAUGUCUAAUGGGAUCCAUUGUAUUCAGCGGUUCCAUAGCCCUAACCUAUUUUACUGUACAACUWGGGUUCCUAUGGGUAGUAUUUAGCUACGGUUUUCUGGCCAGUCUAGGCGUGGGUAUGGCCUACGUAGCACCGUUAGCGGCCGGAAUGAAAUGGUUUCCCGAACGUAAAGGUCUGGUCAACGGGAUAACCGUCGGCGGCUACGGUUURGGUGCRCUGAUCUUCAAUCACGUCCAGACGGCUUACAUGAACCCCCUGAACGAAUCGCCCGAUUCGGACGGAUUUUUUACCGACCCGGUCAUACUCGAUCGGGUACCCGGUUUGUUUGUUAUGCUCGGWUCGGUCUAUAUGGUCAUCCAGCUGGUGGCCUGCMUGUUGAUCUAUCGGCCGCCACAGUUUCCCGAYGAAAUUAUAUUCAACGAGGGCAAAUUUUUGYUGAUUAAAUCGCCGACCGCCGAGUCGUCRACAUCGGUGGCCAUGGAUUACAGCUACAGUAGUUGCGAUGAUGAKGACUCGGUUGCCGARKCAGCAGCCAUACCACRUAAAAUCGAUUUGACACCCCAUGAAGCUAUACAUACCACCGAAUUUAUGCUAAUGUGGCUAAUGUUUGCCCUGAGCACCCAAUCCGUACAGUUUAUCAAUACAAUGUACAAAGCUUUYGGCCAACAAUUCAUCAGCGAUGACCACUUUCUGGCAUUUGUCGGCUCCGUUGCCUCMCUGUUCAACGCCGGCGGACGUAUCGUYUGGGGUCAAGUCCACGACAGGACAUCRUUCAAGACAUGUUUUGCCAGCUGUUGUUCCCUACUAUCCCUAUUUGUCCUAACAUUCAUAAUGACCCAGUCGUUCAACAGUCGUCUCCURUACUUCCUAUGGGUUUUGGCCAUAUUUUUCACCUUUUCCGGCAUAUUUGUCAUAUUUCCGACGGCCACUGCCCAGGUGUUUGGCCGUACGAAUGCCGGUACCAUCUAUGGUCUACUGUUUACGGCACCGGCCCUGAGCUCACUAUUGGGUGCCCUAAUGUUUCAAAUAAUACAAUCGGAGCUCGGUUGGUUCGGAUCGUUUUUUAUGGUUGCCGUACUUAUCAUAUUAGCUUUACUAUUGUUGAUACCRUUYCCGACAAAUGUGGACGCAUUGAGACAAAGAAAGUCAACAAACAAUUAAAWWAUAUAUUUAUGUAUUUAAUUAUUAUUAUUAU